GCAAAUUAAAACAUGAAACAUAUUUAAAAACAUUGACAAAUGUCAAUCGUACAGCAUUACUAAGUUUGAGAUUGACUGCGCGCCUUUCUCUCGUUGACAUUGUUUGUGAAAAUGUUUUCACAUGCUGCAAUGGUAAGGUUUGAUGACAAUAUCAUUCCAGCUGUGCAUGUCAUUCCUGUUCAAGCUCAAAAUUUAUUUGCAAAUGGACCAAAUAACUGUGAAACAGUUUACAAACAAGAUUCACCUUCUGGAAGUCAUGCCGAAAAUUUUAAGGUUCUUGCUGAAAGAAAUGGAAUUAAAGUUGUUGAUCCCGAAGUUUAUCCCAAAAUUGAAAAUGGACUCAAUGAAACGUCUGUGGUUACACCGAAUUUAUCUGCUGAUGCUGCUGAGUUUGUUCCAAGAUUCCCAGCAUCCUCAUCUGAAGAGAAAUUGUUUGACAUGGUUCAACAACUCCUAGAAGAGCAGAAACUGCAGGCUCAGAUAUUACAGGAUUGCAUAAACAAUCAAAAAGAAAGCGAGACAAAAAAUGCUAGUCUGCAUAAAGAGAAAUCCAUGUUGCAGAAAGCAUUUAAAGCAGCGACAGAUGAAUUAAGAAAAUGUCAAGAAAGAAAUACUAUGCUUAGCAAGGAAGUCGACGGUUUGACUGACAGACUUCUAGAAUCCGAACAAACAAAUGCAAGAUUGAAAAAGCAAGUCGAAGCUCUUCUUGAGAAAGUGAAAUGGAACAAAGCAGCUUUUGAAAGCGAUGAAGUAAUGAUGUCAUCUUCGUCUAAGAAAAUGAAAGACGUCAAUUCUGGAAAACAAAUGAUCAUAGAGGAGGAUUAUGAAACAAACGCUGAAGAAAAACACUCUUCUUCAUCAAUUCCAAAUAGAAAUGAAACAGAAAGAGGAACUAUAAUGGAUACAUUGGAUGAUGUAAUUUCUGACUCAAACAUUGAGAAUGAGUGUAGUAACUGGACUGUGGCGAAGAGAAAAAUUAAAGGUUGUACAGCAUCGAUCCCACAUAAAGACGAGGAGAGAAAUGUUUUGCAAUCAAUCAAACAAAGUAAUAUUAAUAACAUGGCGCGGACCAAAGAUGACUCAAGUCCCUUUGUACUGUUGAUGAACAAACUGUCGCAGACAUUUCCGUCGAAAACGAGAGAGGAACUUGUCGAGUUGUUAAAGAUAGCCAAGGUCACUUUCGGAGAUAAAGGCUUUAGAGGAAAGAAAAUAGAAGAAAUCGUUAAGCGAGUUAAGAAAAUCACUGUUUGAGUACAUAAGCAGAGUCCGUGGAUUUAUGUCACUGACAGAUUGGCCUAAAUUGAGAGACACUGAAGGAAGAAAUGUCCAAACAGCAAGGAAUGCUACUUUUCAGCUGAGUUCAUUAUUUAUUUACUGGCGGUUACAUGAAUGAUGUUUUUUUGCGUUUUUGUUCACUUAAAGUCCAUACAAGCUUGGCAAUCAAUAAAUGACUUGUCGUGUUAGACGUUCUGUAAGGCUAAACUAUCGCUGUAUUGCAAACCAAAGAGGGAAAUUUAAAUCAUAAAAACUUUACUAGAAAAGAAAAGAAACUUCUACAAAACAGAUCGACGUUCUUGAAAAUUUGUUCAUACAAUUACGUAUGCAUCCAGGAAAAUUUGAUAUGUUCAUAGUUCGGAUUGUUGAUAGUUGUGUAUUUAUUGUUAUUUUGGUAUAAACGAAUGUACAGUUUCAUUUGUUGUGCAGAUAUUGUUAUUUCGCUGUACAUAUAGCUACUAAUGGGUGUUUAUUGUUUUUUACACACUAAAAUUCCCCUGUAUUCUUGUGUGUACGGUUUUGUAUGAUUGUAAAGUUCGUCUUAA